GUUCAGUCUCCUAGCAGUGGCUCAGUGGAGGAUUGCUGCUAGUAUUCUGAGACCCAGGAUCCUGUAACAGGAUUAGGUCAAGUGUCAGCCACUGGACGUUACAAUGUCUGUGACUCAGACCUGGCAGUCUAAUGAUGCACGACUGAAUACCCUUGCUCGUCACAAGGAGGACCUUCUGUUACACUGGAAUAGGCCUUCUGUAUACUGGCCAGAAAGGACACAUUCAAUAACUUCCUGUGGACUGAGUAAAAGGCAAGAGGAGUUAGCACAGCCCAAACCAGUGCACACAAAGUAUAAGCUUGACAGGCCAUCUGCUAUUUGGCCAGUUAAACCAAGUUCCUUACUAGCUGUUCCCUCACCUCGCAUCGAGCAUCUGGCAGAAGCAAAGCAUGUUAACCCAGAAUGGAAUGAAGACCGGUCUGUGUACAGCAUAGUCUCAGAUGGAGCUAAGAAAGCAAAUGCCACCACUAGGGUACAGCAGUUGGCAACACCAAAACUGCGUGUUUCCAGUGCCCCACCAUUCAUCACAAAAAGUCCUGAGGAGGAAGAAAAUGAGAGUUUCUGUCCUAAAAGGCUUAGCUCUCCUACAGCUAGAACAGAGGCCUUAGCAGUGCCAAAGGCAGAGUAUCCAGGGUUCCAGCAUGACUUGCCCGUAGAAAGGAAGGUUCCUGCACCUGUUCUUCAUGCCCAGGCAUCAGAUCGUGUAUGUCAGCUUGCUAAACAUAAAAUUCGCAAGUCUCUUAAUGAAGGAUAUGACCCAUACAAGAUUUCAUCUGCUGCUAAAAAUGUGGAAGCCUCACCUCGCUUAGUAGAGCUCAGCACACCACCUGCCCGCCGACAGCGCACCAAAAAACUCUAGAAUUCCUUAUUUUCAUGUCAUAUUUAAACAUUAAAAAAA